AGUGUUACUCAACACUAAAGUUUUCCCGCCAGCUUUCUGAAUUUCUUUCCAAUAAGCGCACAUAGAGUCAAAAGAAAUCUGAAAAUUAUGUGCACUGGUUGUACUUGUUAAAAUCAAAAGUUAAAAACAGUCAAUAUUCGAAAUGAUUCGCAAGGUCUGUGGCUUGCUGCUAUUUUGGCAGUUAUUAUUAUGCACACAGUACCAGGAAUCGAGUGCCGCAGCAUUUACACCGCGCCAAAACCGUUUUGAUAAAGAUGAGCCCUUACGAACUGCAGCGCCAACGACAGAAGCCACUGAAGGAACUACGAAAGUUGAAAGUGGCCUGUUGAAAAAAUGUCGCCCAUGCAGCCAGGGUAUUAAGUGCGUACCCCAAAUCCAAUGCCCCGCUCAUGUGCGCAUGGAGAGCCAUGAAAAGCCGCAGAUCUGCGAUCUUCCUGCUGGGAAAUUUGGCUAUUGUUGUCAGACAGGGCAGAACCACACUGCCCCACGUCCCGCGAACACCAAAGAGCGGCGAUCAGGACUGCCUGCCAUAUUGUCUCCAUCAGUUUUGGAGGAGGCGCGUCGGAAUUUCGAGCAUCUGAUGCACGGAGUGGCUCAGAUACCCGUGCGACGCGGUUUCCCCGAUUUCGCCCACGGACUUGUGUUCCACUCCACCGCCAAGGACGAUGUGCACAACUUUGCAAUUUCCAAUAGCGCCAUCGAGCAGGUUAUUACCACGCAGCUUUUUGGCCAGAAAGAGCAAGUACCUCUGGACGACUUUAUAACCAAUAACGUACCAACGAAAUUCACGGAGACACCUUUGGCCAAGCACUGCCAACCGCCGCCUAUUUGCCGUGACAUUCAAUCGGUAUUUCGCAGUCUGGACGGAACUUGCAACAAUCCCCUGCCCCAGCGUUCGCUAUGGGGAGCUGCUGGCCAACCGAUGGAACGACUUUUGCCCCCCGCAUAUGAGGAUGGAAUCUGGACACCGCGAGCCCAUUCCGCCGAUGGCACUCCACUACAGGGUGCACGUAAAGUCUCGCGGACUCUGCUGGCAGAUGUGGACCGACCCCAUCCCAAAUAUAAUCUUCUGGUUAUGCAGUUUGGCCAAGUUUUGGCCCAUGACAUUUCUCAAACCUCGUCCGUAAGACUCGAGGAUGGCAAUCUUGUACAGUGCUGCUCCCCCGAGGGAAAGUUAGCCCUUAGCCCGCAGGAAAGGCACUUUGCCUGCAUGCCCAUCCAUGUUGAUCCAGAAGACGAGUUUUUCGCGUCUUUUGGUGUGCGUUGCCUGAACUUUGUACGCUUGUCUCUGGUGCCAAGUCCCGACUGUCAACUGGGCUAUGGCAGGCAGCUGAGCAAGGUGACGCACUUUAUCGAUGCCUCGCCGGUUUACGGAUCCAGUGAGCAGGCAUCUCGAGACCUCAGAGCCUUCCGAGGCGGACGUUUGGAAAUGCUCAACGAUUUUGGCAGGGAACUGUUGCCACUAACCAAUGACAAAAAGGCUUGUCCCAGCGAGGAAGCUGGAAAAUCUUGUUUCAAUUCGGGGGACGGCCGCACCAAUCAGAUCAUAUCACUCAUCACCCUUCAGAUUCUUCUUGCUCGCGAGCACAAUCGAGUAGCGGACGUUUUGCAGCAACUGAAUCCUUCGGCCACUGAUGAAUGGCUCUUCCAAGAGGCACGGCGCAUUGUCAUUGCGGAAAUGCAACACAUAACGUACAACGAGUUCUUGCCGAUUAUUAUUGGACCGCAACAGAUGAAGCGCUUUGGAUUGGUUCCUCUUCACGAGGGAUAUGCUCGGAGCUAUAAUGCUGAAGUAAAUCCUGCCAUAACCAAUGAAUUUUCGGGAGCUGCCUUUCGCAUGGGUCAUUCCAGCGUCGAUGGCAAGUUCCACAUAAGACAAGAGCAUGGCCACAUCGACGAAGUGGUAAAUAUCCCAGAUGUGAUGUUUAAUCCUUCCCGAAUGCGGAAACGUGAAUUUUAUGACGACAUGCUGCGCACUCUCUAUACUCAACCGAUGCAGCAGGUGGACAGCUCAAUCACCCAAGGACUUAGUCGUUUCCUCUUCCGUGGCGACAAUCCCUUCGGCCUUGACUUGGCUGCUAUCAAUAUUCAGAGGGGGCGCGACCAGGGUCUUCGUAGCUACAACGAUUACCUGGAGCUGAUGGGAGCGCCAAAGCUGAAAAGUUUCCAGCAGUUCCCCAGCGAGAUCGGGCAGAAGUUGGCCCGUGCUUAUCGCACCCCCGACGACAUUGAUUUGUGGGUGGGUGGAUUGUUGGAGCAGUCCGUUGAAGGGGGCGUGGUUGGCGGGACUUUUGCAGAAAUUAUAGCCGAUCAGUUUGCACGCUUUAAGCAAGGCGACCGAUACUACUAUGAGUACGACAAGGCAACCAAUCCGGGGGCCUUUAACCCACAACAGCUGCAGGAGCUGCGAAAGGUGACAUUGGCCCGGCUUUUGUGCGAUAAUUCGGAUCGUCUAACACUGCAGGCAGUCCCCGUAGCUGCUUUUGUACGGGCGGAUCACCCAGAGAACCAAAUGGUUGGCUGUGAUGAUCCGAACUUGCCUGCUGUUAAUUUGCUUGCAUGGCGCUCUUAAGAUAAUGUGUAAACGGAUUUUAAAUUUAUUUAUCGAGUUUUUAUACUGUAUUUUUAUAUGCCAAUGUUCCAAUGAAUUGUAUAUCCCCGUUUUAUGUAACUGCGGCUGAACAAAGAAACCAAAAUAAAGGCCAAUCGAAUUGGAUGCAGAUAUUAAGCUGA